UCUUAUUACUCGCAGUAAGAUUCAGUACAAUUUCAGAAAUCAGACGGGCAGCAAGUGUCGUAAUUCAAUUGUUGUUGUGCAGUGUUGAAAACCCAAACUAAAUUCCAAAUCGGCUAAACCAGAAAGAAAAGUGCUAAAAAAAGGAAGUCUCAUCAUUCAUAUACACAAAAAAUAAAGAAAACCCUCACAAAACAAAUAGAAAAAAAGGGGCGAAAUCCUUCGAAGAACCCUUAGUGUUUCAAAAGUGUUCAAAUUUUAAAAUUUUUGUGGCGUUGCCCUCCAGCGUUUGAAAUAAAAUCUCAAAACUGUGACCGUGACUUUAUCAGUGACUGCAACACUGCAUCAGAUUACUUUUGCUAAAGAAAAAUCAAGGAAACAGACAUAACAACCGACGCACGGAGAUCAGACUCAAGGUUGCAGCUGAAGGGAGCUGAGGUGUAGCCACUGCAGUCACAUAAAUUCAGGGGAAUAAAACAAUAGAAGGAAGUCUAUCUGCAGCAGAAAGCUGAGGCGGCUGCAGCUCAAUCGAAAUCUACCGAAACCCAGACGCUGCAAACAUCAAGAGGCAUUGCUACUGCGGCAGCAUUAACCAGCAGCAACAUCGCUUUCCAGCAUUUCUAGCUCCGUCCAUGGGCGCCGCGGCUAACAGGGUCCGGUGAAAAUGGACAAAGGCCGUGCGAGGCUGCCGCCGAAUUAGCAGAGACGAAGCCGGAAAAUCCAACACAAAUAUUUGCCAAGUUCCCGCAGAAGAAAGGAAAACGAGGAGGAAACACACAAAGCCCACGCAAACAGAAGGGCAAGCAGCUGGAGAAGCCUUUGACAAUAGCCAAGGAAUUAGCCACAAAGGAGCAGCGUACGCGGGUCCAUUAAGGCAGCACCAUCAUCAGACCACAGAGAUAAAGAUCCCAUCCCGGCUAGACUCUGGUCGUGGUCCACUUAAAUGACCGAGUCCACCCAGCUGCAGACGGCGGAGAACAACAACGCGGGCGUGGUGAAAAUGGAGCCUCCGCCGCCGGCGACCUCCUCCGCCGCCGCCGCCGCUGCCCACGCUCUAUCCUCGCUCUCCUCGCUCUCGAUGGCGGCCACCGGCUCCUCCCUUUCGCCGGCCACGCCUCCACCCUCGCUGAACCUCUCACAAGCGCAGCACCAGCAGCACUAUGCCCUCAAGUGGAACGACUUCCAGAGCUCGAUCCUCAGCUCGUUCCGGCAUUUGCGCGACGAGGAGGACUUUGUGGACGUGACGCUGGCCUGCGACGAGCGUUCCUUCACCGCCCACAAGGUGGUCCUCAGUGCCUGCAGCCCCUACUUCCGGCGGCUGCUCAAGGCCAAUCCCUGCGAGCAUCCGAUCGUCAUAUUGCGCGAUGUGCGCUGCGACGAUGUUGAGAAUCUGCUGAGCUUUAUGUACAAUGGCGAGGUGAAUGUAAGCCACGAACAGUUGCCCGACUUUUUGAAAACCGCUCACCUGCUGCAGAUACGCGGCUUGGCGGAUGUCAAUGGCGGUUAUCCCUACUCCAAGGCUCUGUCUGCUGCGCUAAGUCACAGCAACAACAACAAUAGCAGUGGCAACAGCAGCAGUCACAGUCACAACAAUAACAACAACCUGGCUGAGAGCAGUAACCACAACAAGCUCAACAGCUACUUAACGCCCAAUCAAACGAGCGUCUCUAGCAAUAAUAAUACUACCAACAGCCACAGCAGCAGCAGCAGCAACACCAGCAGCAACAACAAUAAUAAUAAUACUAGUGGAUCCCUGAACAGCAGCCUGAACUCACCGUUCAGCACGCCGCAAGUGCCGCCGCCAGUCACCGCCUCGAGUGCCGCCGCAGCCGCAGCAGCUGCUGCAUCGCUAACAGCCGCCGUGGCCGCAGCAGCCGCUGCAACAGCCAGCGCCGCCAGCAGCAGCAACAGCGGAGGCAGCAGCUCCGGCGGACAGAGCGGAGGUGCCAGUGGCACGCCAGCCAUCCAGGAGCUGAAGGCAUCGUCGGCAGCGUCGCCCGUAAGAACAACCAAUCCCAAUCCCAGCAAAGCCAGCAGCAACCACUGGGACCUGGGCGAGAUGGAGGGCAGCCGGAAGAGCCACCUGACGCCGCCACCACAGAAGCGUAUCAAGAGCGCCGACUUGUUCCGCGCCCAGCACGGCAUCAGCCCAGAGCGACUGCUCAUCGAUCGUGACUUUCCGGUAGCUGGACAGCAUCCGCUCACUCGAAAUCGCAGUGGUCGAGACACGUCCAAGGAUCGGGAGCGGAACAUGGAGCUAAGGGAAUCUCUGCUGGGACAGGCGCUGGAGAACAGCAAUGGACAGCAGGCCAGUCAGAAGCAUGAUCUCGGUCAGAGCGCGGGAGAGGAUUCGAAUAGUAGUGAUACAGAGCCCUCGGAUCGGGGCGAUGGUCAGCACGAUGGAACCCUCGACGGCAUCGACAAUCAGCGCUCCCACUCGUUCCCCAAUGCAUUCCUCGGCCUGCAGGGCAUUCCAGGACUCCUGCCAGGACCCUCUGGCAUCGGCAGUGAUUUCGUUUCCCGUCGCUCCCUGGAGAUGAGGGUACGUGCCACCGAUCCCCGGCCCUGCCCCAAGUGCGGCAAGAUCUACCGCUCGGCCCACACACUCCGCACCCACUUGGAGGACAAGCACACCGUCUGCCCCGGCUAUCGGUGCGUCCUCUGCGGCACGGUGGCCAAGUCCCGCAACUCCUUGCACUCGCACAUGUCGCGCCAGCACCGCGGUAUCUCCACCAAGGACCUGCCCGUGCUGCCCAUGCCCAGUGCCUUUGAUCCCGAGCUCGCCUCCCGCCUGCUGGCCAAGGCGGGCGUAAAGAUCUCCCCGGCCGAGCUGAGGGCCAGGGCAUCACCCACCGGCGGCAGUGGCAGCAGCGGCGGUGGUGGUGGCGGCGGCAGUGGCCAGGCCAAGUUGGAUUUGAGCAAUGCCAGCGGCGGACCGCUGGACGAUGCCGAGGAUUCGGACGAGGAUCCCGAGGACCUCACCACCGGCAACGGUCUGUACGGGAUGGGCAGCAGCAGCGACCUCAGCCGCUAUCACGAGAGUCUGCUGAGCAAUUUCGGUCAUGCCAGGAUGCGAAACGAGGCGGCUGCAGCGGCGGCCACGGCGGCUGCUCUAGGCCAGCCCAAGGAUUUGGGUGUGCAGCUACCCACGAGCAAUGCUGCCGGUCAGUCCCUGCUGGACACCUAUCUGCAGUUCAUCACGGAGAAUACAUUCGGGAUGGGCAUGUCCCAGGAGCAGGCAGCCGCCGCCGCUUUGCGCGCCAAGAUGGCCCAACUGAAUGCGAUGGGACACAGCCUGGACAGCCUGCCGCCUGGUUUGCUGCCCGGACAGUUUGAUCUGAGCAAGCUAGCCGCCGGGAAUCCAGCCUUCGGUCAGAGCGGACCCGGGCUGACCAUAGAGCCGAUAAUGCGGCACGACCAGGGCCCAGGUAGCCUCUCGCCGCACGGCCACGGACCGCUGGCCCUCAACUCGGCCGGACGGAUGCAGGGGCACGAGGAGGCGGCGGAUCACGAGGGCGAGAUGAGACGCGACGGAUCGGAGCCGAUGGACCUGGGCCUGGACAACAACCAGUCGGGCAGCAACCAUGAGGUGGCCAACUCCGAUGCCGAGGACAAUUACUCGGAGGACGAGGGAGUGCACAACACAUAGGAGGAGCGAUGAGGGAGAGAACAAUGAAUAUGACCACGAUGAAUAUGAAUACGAGCACAAACAGUUGUAUACCGAUUACCCAUGGAACAUAUGUAACGAGUAGCCUUAUCCUCAUGUAUACCAGUUUAUGUGUACGAUACGAUACAAUACGAUAGUGUACUAGAAUAAGACUAAAACCAUAUAUUCGUGCCGCUGUCAGAGCUGGCCUAGUAGAAUUCUAUGUUGUGCUUUUAAACUACCAACCUAUACCGAUAUAUAUACAUUUAUAUAUACACAAGUACCUGCUGUGUAUACCAGUCGCCGUGAGGAGGAAGAAGAUAAAGUACCGGCAAGAGCGACAGAACCCAUCCCGCAUGAGAAAGAAACGUAUAAUAAUAUUAUGGAUACUAUGUAGAGUCGUAAGUUAGAUUUCACAUUGAAAGCGAAGCCUGUAAAUACAUUUAACGAUAUAUCGAUGUUAGACCAGAAGCAGUAGCAGUUCCCAAAACGAUCCGUCGCAUUUAACACUUACGUAUGUUAGUAUUGUACCAAACGAGACGACAGCAGAUAAUUCAGAUGUGCCAUGGAUGCCACAGCCUUCCAGUUCCAAGUCUUGCCACUCCGUCGAUCGAUUCAAAGUGCUUACCAUAUCUCAGGGGAAACACAAAAAACCGAACCAGCCACUUGACCGAACUACCUCAGCCAGCGACAGCCCUGAAACUUACCCCGAUACUUCCACGAGUUGUGACUGGUCCUGUUAUUAUCCACAUCUCCAGGAAUCUUGCCAAUUUUGAAGAGCAGAACUCUGCCCGUAGUUUUAGGAUCGGCAUGACAGAAAUUGAUUAUUUAUAUAUAAUACUAUACGGUAUACAGUGCACACACUUAAGGAUACAUAUGGAUGAAUGCCUUUACUUAUUUGUCAGAAAAAAGAGAGAGAAUUGAAUACCUCAACAUACUCAGCAUUCAUACAUACAUAUAUAUUAUAAAAUAGGGUUAGCUAGUUUAUGUGGCAGAGCACUGCAAGCAAGACAUAGAUAGAUGUAACUCUAAGCGUUUCCUGUAUGUAUUUAGUUUGAGCCUCAGUUAUCCUAGGUUUAUGGUUAGCUUCAAUCGAAGACGAGCACAGAGACAGACUCUACAAGAGUCGCUACCACUUGCCUUAUAUAACCAGCAACAACACAUGUGUUACUUUAGUAAUUUUCUACCUCAAUUUAAAUGUGUAAUUUAUUUAUAAGUUUGCAAUCAUUGUCCCGAACAUGGAACAAACUCAACUCGAGUACUCGAACCUACUCUUUCUUAUUCACGAGUCACCGAACCGAGCAUAUUAAUUAAGAAUUAAAAAAGGAAGUAAAAAAUGUGUUUUUACCUUUUUCAUUUAGUCCGUUUCAUGUACUUUUCGGUUUUCCUUGUCGCUCUCUCGUAGGUGGAGUGCAAUAGUUCGCAUUUUCUUAGGCUUAGAACGCAUUCAAAGGCUAAUGCAAUUCGGUUAGGAAGAUAGCUUAAAAUAUAUUAGUUAAAAGUCGUUACAUAAGCAAUAUAUAAGUAGACAUACAUGUGCUUAGAAAGUUAUAAAUAUUUAUUGACAUUACAAUAAAGCCGCGUUAUGAAGAACAA